AUGGCUGCAAUGUGGUUUUAUGGAAAAAAAAUUGUGACUCAAAAAUUUGCACGUCCAGCUGUGAAGCUCUUGAAGUCAAUUGAUUUAAGUUUUCUAUAUAACAGAGUCCCAGAAAUUUUCAGAAGUGUUUCAAAAGCAGUAGCUGAUAUAUUUGAAGACAGGAUUGACAAUUUGCUGUUAUCAGUUGAUGAGGAACUUUGGAAGAUGGCUGAAGAGAGGAUCCAAGAGAUACUAUGGAUAAUUGAACCAAAUGUAUUAUCCGAGGAGAACAGAAAGGAUGUUAUUGAUUAUGUCCAAAGGCUGAUUGGAGAUUCCUAUGGAGCACAGGUCUUGUCAUUCGGUUCUGUUCCACUAAAAACCUAUCUUCCUGAUGGAGACAUUGACUUGACAGCUCUCAGUCAUGAAGCUACAGAGGAGGAUUUGGCACUAACAGUUUGCAGUAUACUUGAAAAAGAAGAUGACCCCCACUACCAAGUCCAGCUUGUGAAAUGUACAGUGAAAAAUAUACCAGUUGACAUCUCUUUCAAUCAGAUGGUUGGAUUCUAUACUAUAUACUUUUUGGAGCAGGUUGACCAACUUGUUGGAAAGAACCAUCUUUUCAAACGCAGUAUUAUCUUAAUCAAAGCUUGGUGCUAUUAUGAAAGCCGAAUUCUUGGUGCACACCAUGGACUGUUUUCAACGUAUGCCAUAGAAAUAUUAGUCUUGUAUAUUAUCAAUCGUUUUCAUUCAUCACUGCGCGGUCCUCUAGAGGUUCUAUACAUAUUUCUGGACUACUACGCCUCAUUUGACUGGGACAACAAUUAUGCUAGUAUAUGGGGUCCAAGAGCUCUAUCGUCCCUUCCAGAAAUUGUUGGUAAGUCCCAAGUUGUUGGAUGUAUUUUCAUGCUUCAGUCCUUGAUGUAUCCCAACUUGCUUCUCGCAGAAACACCAGAAUGUGAUCAGGGUGAAUUCUUGCUCCAGAAAGAGUUUCUCAAAAACUACAGGGAUAUGUGCUCUUUUAAUCGAAGAGCAUCCGAGACCUCGAAUCAUGAUUUUCCCGUUAAGCUCGUGAACAUCUUGGAUCCUCUACGAAAUGAUAACAACGUAGGCCGUUGUGUCAACUUCACCAAUUUACAUCGAAUAAGAUUAGCUCUUUCCUAUGGUGCUCGAAAGCUCAAGCAGGCCCUCACCCUUCCAGGACAAGACAUGGGUGCAGCACUUGAGAAGUUUUUCUCCUGUACUUUGGACAGGAAUGGGAAAGGAGAAAGGGCAGAUGUUCACAUUCCUGUUUCUCCAUUUGGUACUGGAAGAUCUGAAAAGUCUGUCCUCGAUGGAGACCAUGACAGUUACAAUGGUGACUCACAAUAUGUUCAGCUGUAUCCUAAUUAUGCCAUGCCAGUAACAACUGUACAUUCCUGUUGUCAAUCUUCUGAUGAUUCUGUACCUCAUGAUGAUAUGCUUGCCCUGUCAACACAGCAAAACUGGAGUGAAGGUGAUUUCCUGGCAUUACAGCAAAACUGGAGUAUGUUUUAUCAAAGUGGUAACAAUAUAUAUAUCCAGGCACAGACACUCUAUCAUCCAACUUACAGCCUUGAUGAAGGAGGAAAAUCACGAGGAACAGGCACAUACAUACCUGACUUGAACUAUAAUUCCUACUGGGAUAUACGCGCAAAUGCGAACAGGCCAAGGAAAAUUCCUUUUGUCAAGUACAAUCCAUUGCCCAGGUCCCCUCCUACAGAGCAACUAGAGGAAGAGGUUCAGUCUAAGACAAAGUUGAAUGCUAAUUCAAUUCCGUUUGAGCUCACAAAUGAAGACUUCCCCCUUCUUCCAGGCACUCCCAAGGCUACACCGCCAACACAAGCACAAGAGUCUGCUCCAUUAGCAAAGGCUUGUUCUGAGAGAGACAUGGGUGGUAAUUCGAGGUUGUCUGAGCUCUCUAGUGAAGAUUUCUUCCCCCUUGGCAAGGCUACACCACCAACCCAAGCCCAAAAGUCUACUUUGGAAAAGGCUCAUUCCAUCAUAGACAAGUAUGGUAAUUCAAGGUUGUCUGAGCUCUCAAGUGAAGAUUUCUUCCCCCUUAUUCCAUCUGUUCCCAAGGCUACACCACCAACACAAGCUCCAAAGUCUACUACAUUGGAAGAGGCUCAAUCUGAUACAAACAGGGGUAGCAAUUCGCAGUUGUUUGAGCUCUCAAAUGAAGAUUUCCCCCUUCUUCCAAAGGUUUGUUCUGAGACACUCAUGGAUGGAUAUUCAAAGUCGUUUGAGCUCUCAAAGAAAGAUUUUCCUCUUCUUCAAUGCUCUCGAAAGACUCACCCGUUAGGCUUUGCAAAGUUAAAUAAGCAAGCUAAGAGUUUUCAAUCCUCUACAAUGAAAAAUAUGGAGUUUGGAACUCACAAGUAUUCACAGUCGCUGAAGGGACAAAGUUUGUCAACAAAGGGUAAGAAAGAAUGCUGUGGUGUUUCAUUAUUUCAAAAAAAUGAUAGUAAUUCCGAAGUUGACAAGGGAGAGGAGAAAAGAAUAUCUACAAAGCAAUGA